AUGUUCAUUCAUUUUGGUGAUAAUUUUAUUCCAUUUUCCAUAUAUAUAUAUAUAUGGGUGGUAAAGGUUAAAGAAGAAUUGGAUGCAUUUGAAAGGACAAAGGAUGAGGAAUCAAGGAACUUCAAGAGCCAAGGGAUUGAUUUUGACUUCAAUAUCUUUGUUACUAUCAAAGAGUUGAUGGUGGAUGUUUCUUCCAACUGCAUGGAACUUGUCCUUAAGGAAUGGAGAGAAACAAAAGGUGCAAAUGAUGCAGAAAAGAAAGCAAAUCAAAACUUGCUGUGGAGAGCUUUUAAAUUGGCAUUUAGGGUUUACUCAUUUGCUGGUGGGAACGAUGAGCGUGCUGACAAGUUGGCUAAAGAAUUGGCUAAUGAAGUUUUGUGUGGUUCUUCUUCACCUCCCAAGCUCCAAACAAAAACCCCAAUAUUCCAUCUUUAAUUUAUCUUUUUUUACAAAUUAUUGAUUAGUUAAUUAGCUGAAAACAAUUUGUACAGUUGUUUUCAUUUACCUAUCGAUAUGUAAAUAUUAUUUUCUAAAAUAAAUUUCAUGCAAUAUAUGAAAUUAAAA